ACUGAAGCAGCAUGCUGAGCGUUGUGUAUCCCAAGAAUCCUCAACAGUGGUGGCGCAUGGUGUGUAAGUGAGCUUUGCGCCCACAAAAGUGUCGAUCCGCUCCUGGAGCAUGCGGACUACAGCCGCGCUGGGGUGUCGCCGCUGCGGAGGUGCUGUGGCGGUUGAGUGGUGGUGGCGGUGAUGGACACGGUGACACAGAGCGUGGGGAUCAGCCGCCUGCUGAAACCCCCAUUAGAUGCCAGUGCACCGGUGUGUGUCUUCUGGGACUUUGAGAACUGCCAUGCGCCCAGCGACGUGGACCCUGACGCCAUUGCUGGGAACAUUCGCGCGGCGCUGCUGGACUACGGCCUGACGGGGCCGCUCACCAUCUGCGCCUAUGGCAACCUGGCCGUGCUGGCACGCAGGACGCAGGUGGGCCUGAUCAACAGCGGAGUGUCGGUGAGGGACGUCCCUCCUGACGGCAAGAAAGAGACGACGGACAAGCGCAUCCUGACGGACCUCAUGUUGCACGCAUGCGACACGCCGCCCCCAGCGCACAUCCUGCUGGUGUCGGGCGAUGAGGACUUUGCGUACGGCCUGCACCGCCUGGCCCUGCGCUGCUACCACGUGCACGUGGCGCUCAACCUGGAGGGUGGCGUCGUGGGCCAGCCUGCGCUGCAGCGCCUCACCGCCAGCGGGCGCGCCUGGCAGUGGCAGGCCCUGGUGCGCGGGGAUGUGGCGCCCAUGCCCUUCACGGAGGCGCUCGGGGUGCCCACCUUCCCGGGGGUGGGCCAGUACCGUCAGUCCACUGCUCGUGAGAGAGCCCUCUCAGGUUCUGUUGAGGACAGGCCCGUCUUCGCUCCCUCAAAGGACGAGCCUGCCGAGGCGGGUUUCCGGGCGGGCCGGCCGCUGCGCGCGGAUCAGCCGCACCCGGUGCCGGCGGCAAUCAAACGGCAGGUGGCGGAGGUGCUGGACGACGCGCCCCCGCAGGGCAUCAGCAUGAGCGAGCUGCAGAUGUUUUUGGCGCGGAAAGGGUUCACGCUGGACUACCGCGGGCUGGGGUACAAGCAGCUGCUGACCAUGAUGCAGGCCAUGCCCGACACCGUGGCCGUCAGCAUCCCCGCAGAGAGGAGCACCAAGAAAAAGUACUUUCUUCGCCCAGCUGCGGCGCCAGAGUUUUUGCGGACGACUCCAAGCAGCAAGGUGCCUGGAGGUGGCCUCAGGGCGGACGUUAGUGUGGAGGUGAUGAAAGAGGCCGCGGAAGCCAGAGGGUCGCCGCAAAUGAGCGAGGUUCCAGAGAAUUCAGGGACGAGCAUAAAACACGAGGAAGAAGUUGGGGAGGGCAAAUCACAGCGUGAGGCUGAUGUUCGAGAUCUGUUGAUAAAGCCAAGACCUUUACGCACGGAAAGCAAACAAAGACCCUUGGCUAGCCUGGUUCAAGUGCCACUCUUUCGCAAGGUGCUGAACUCUGUUGGCGGAUUGUUCGGAAGGAGACAGUCUAGACUUAGGUGAUCGGCCGUCGACUGCCAGGCGUUGGAUUUGGCAAAGGUUGUACGGUCUUGGUUAUUCUUAGCCUGCAUCGUAGCUCCAAACGUCACCGACACAUGUCACGUUGGCUCUAAGUUCCAGGAAAACAGUGCGCGUAUAUUUUCGCAUACGGUACGGCUGGCCCGGUGGCCCGCUAUGGCCGGC